AUGCAAAAUAUCAAAUACGAAGUCGAAGUUCACGGUAUCGCAGUACAAGCGGACAAAAACUUGGACAUCACACGCCAGGAUGAUUGCGCAUCCAUUACUCUAAGAAAUGGAGAGCGGCAGCUUCGCUUUCCAGUUUCAACACCCACCGUUGUUAGUGGCCAGCGCCUCAAAGCUGGCAAGUUUUACAUGCGUUUCACCACUUAUGACUCGUCGCGGAUCUACUUUGUCAAGAUUACGGACGGAGACAAGAGGCUUGUGCUACAAACUGAUCUUCCUAAUUGGAGAGGCAAAUUGAUUGAGCGAAGCUUCGAAUUCCCAGGAGCUCCUAUAGAUGUUGAAUGGGGCCUCAACGUUACCGUUGGAGUGGAUUCCGACACCGCUCCUGCUCGGGUUGAUAUCAUUGGCCUAGGUGUUGUUCUUUACUGA